AUGUUCUGCGUGGCUAAGCCUGAUGACUUGCAGAGUGGAAAAGCCCUAGGAUUUAAGACCGUCAGCGAUCUCGAGGGAGGUUUUGCAGGAGGGAUCAACGGCGCUUUAGGCAUUGUGCAUAAUGCACUGAACUUUGCGAUAGUUGCCGUUCAAGCGGUUGGUAACCUCGGAGGAGCAGCUACUAAGUUUGCUGGAACUAGAACACUUCCAACUCCUGUCCCCGAUGACAAUGUGCAGCCUCACGCGUCAAACAGCCAACAGACCAACCCAUCUCCUCAUGGUCAAGCAUCGGAUAUUGGCAUUGAUCCGGCUAUUGCAGGAGCCGAUCAGAUUCAGGGUCAGCUCUUCGAAUUGUACGACCUGGUGCACAGAUAUCUAUGA